AUAUAUGAAAGUAUAAUCCCAUUAGUUGGAAUGGAAAAUUCAAAGCAUUUACAAAAUUACAACUGAUUCUUUGAAGCGCUCACGAUCGGCGCAUUUUUCAUCAGAUAUGAAAAGAUACAAUAGCAAUAGGUUUCCAUAAGUAACUAUAGAUAUCAAUAAAAAUUUUGAUGUUAUAUAGCUCGAGCAGCGUUAGAACACAGCUAUUUUUCAGUGUAAAUAGAUAGUACAGUAAGUCAAGUAAGAGCGUGGUCGACCAGCGUGGUACCAUUAUACCAUUUCAUGUUAUUAGCCUUGAGAUAGGUUCGAAUAGUUUCAUACGAUAUCUAAACCUUUCUGCUUCAAUUUUGCUUGUCCUUGACGCAGUGUUAAGCCAGGAUUCCGCGAAAACAGAUUCACUACAAUAUUUUUUUAUCGUCUUUUUUGUUCACUUUGCAUAUCGAGCCAUGUUCCGGUAAAUCAUCGACAUUUUUUUGCCACAUUAUAUCGCUGCACCCACUUCUGUACGAAUGAUUUCGACUUUUUCAUAUAUUUAGCAGCCGCUAAUUGUGACAUUUUUGGGUGAAUGCAAAGGAACACAGCUUCAUAGCGUGAUGCGUAUUUGGUACUCAUGGCGCUUAAUGAUUCUCUUAAGAAAGUUCAAUGAUAAUGAAUCUUUCUUGAUAGUACAUCAAGAAUAAAGGUGCCCUCUAUGGAUUCAUGAUAGAUUUAGGGCGAUAUUUUAUUAGCUUUGAGUAAGGCCGACCACGAUCUUACUUGACUUAUUGUAUAUCAAAUGGCGCGCUUAACGAUUCGUGUUGGAAAAUCCGUUACAUUGAAAAUAUAUUUAUUAUAAUGAAAGGCAAUAAAAGAAUAGUGUAUACUACAAAGAAAAAUUAUAAAACUAAUAUUACACGUGCUAGCGGAUGCCUAUAGGCUGUAAUUGUUCUGCAUGAUACAGACGCUUAACGCAUCAAAGUAGCGGUGCACUUCUUGACCGAAGCGGCAAAAAAGACUCGCAGAGCCUUAAAAUUAGACCGGAAAGAGGUUGAAGAGGGUUUAUAUCAAUAUUGAAGGACAGUUGUGGUGCAGGCAUUGCAGACUAAAGACAGUCGUGUCACUGCGCUCGGCUCUGGACUCAUCGCGCGAGGAACUCCGACGACUGCAAGAGAGUAUCGGGAAUUUUUGCGACGAGAGCUACGUUGAUGUGGUGAGUCGUUUAGCCCUCGAAAAUCAUGUGCUCAGACGAAAGAUCCUUAGCAGCUGUGAAUUCUCGUGUGAUGCAGCGACUAGCCCUCCACUUCAAUCGAGACACGUUCAACUUGUAGAAGAAGUCCAUAUGAACGAAUUGACAAAUCCUGAGAAAACUAUUAUGGAUGUGUCCAAGAAGAUUGCUACUGAUGCUCAGAACUUGUUUAAUGAACCAGUAUCCCAACACAGCAACGUUAAUAGCAGCAACAACAAUAGUCCUGAUCCAUCUUCUCGUGCUGGCCAAUCCGACAAGUUCCAAGAUUCAUCGAAAUGUUCGAAAAUCACAGUUACCAAAGAUAUAAUCAAUACCAAAAUUACCGAGACGGCGUCCGCGAUGUUGAAUGUUUCUCAUAAUGAGAAUCACAAAUCUCCUUCAACUUCGACAACGAAUGUGACUAACAACGAGGAAGAGUCCCGAGUGGAAUUCUCAGGUGAUGCCACUAAUAUGGGUCAUUUAGAUAUUCCUGGGAAGGAUCCUGAAGACUUGAGUUUGAAAUCUAUCUCUGACGGUGAUAAUUCUGUAUUCAGUGAUCACGUAGAUCAACCUCAGAUAACUCGACAAGAUCAUCCAGGUGAUUCGCCGAGACCGAACGAACAUUCAGAGAACGAAUCUGAAGAAUUGGAUGACAUCGAGCUAAUAUUCACGACAGAUGAGAUAUGUCGCGAUCUCGGUCUGCAGGAGGAUCUGGUUUCUAUCACCGAGACGGAAACAUGGCAACAUGGCGGUGGCGGCCAGCCUAUUUUACUUAAAUAUGUAAAACCGACAGAGGAUGAGUCAUUAGUUUGUAAUGGUGAGAAAACCAGUUCUGUCGAGGAAGCCAUCUCGUCGCAGAGUUCUAGCAUCGACCGCGAGGAGAGUGUCGACAGGUUUGAUGAGAGCUCCAGUACCAGACUCAACAAGAUGUGGUCGCAAUGCUCCGUUUUAGUGGAGACUGACAUCAGCAAGUGUGGUAUAUUAGAAGAUGCUGAAAGCACAGCAGGAUCAUCCUUGCGACAUGUCACGAGAAGAAAUACUCUGGCUGCACCAUCGACGGCUUACAGACCCAUCAUUCAUCGGGAAGCUCUGGCUAAUAGUCGGAGAAAGAAUUCUGUCCCAUUGCGGCCGGUGAUGGAUCGUAGUAGUGGUGCCCGAAGAGAAUCUGGUGCCCAAACGGACAUCUCUGCGCUUCCGGCACAAUGGCGAUCCGAAAGCUAUCUCGCGCACAAAGUCGCACAUACUUUUACAACAUUACCGAGCAAGUUUGCGCUACCAACGGGAGUGCCUAGCCGGCUGAGAUUGUCGGACAAAACCCGAGAAGCUAGAAGAGUAAUGUUGUCGGAUAUUAGCUUCACUAGCAUGGUACCAGAAUUAUCAAGAAGUGCAGAUCAUUUGUGCCAUGAGCCACAUGCACAGACAUGUUUUAGUUCACGCGGUUGUAGUCUUCGUACAUCGGAAAUCCAUAGACGCGAGUCCUUAGGCUCUCCUGCUGGAUAUUGGCUUCGUUGCAAUCCUACAACAGGUCUGCCAAGUCCCUGUGAUUGUCGAUUAUCAACUGAUCUAUAUUCUUCGCGAUAUCGCGGCUCUCUAACAUCAAUACCGUCACCCGGUCUUGAAGUUGUCGGGGGUCCUCCGCGAAGACAUUCUUGGAGAGCGACAGCGGCAUCCCUCGACACGUGGAGAAUUCCGGUUGCGACUUCCACACCACGUCCGACAUGGUCCUCGAUGCCAUCUUCUCCAACACACGUACAUCCUCCAUCGACUUUCUCCAAAAUUUCAAAAAACACAUCAAAGAGAACGCGAUCCAAAGUGACUUUUCAAGGUACGGUAUAUACAAAGUGUCCCAUAAUUUUUUACAAAAUAUUCAUGCACAUAGAGCAGAAUAAACUGAGAAAGAUUCUGUACCAUUUCACAAUUUUUGCAAUAGUUAACUAGAGAAAUUAAUUAUUAAAGAUCAUAGAAUGAAUGCGUAUUCUUUCAAUCUAUUGCUAAAUUCAAAUGAUAGCGCAGCGAGAUAGGACUCAUACUCUGUAACUGUUCAGCAUCAUAAGUUGGAGAGUUGUUUUUUACUUUAUGCGACAAUAGCAUACAAGUGGCGAAAGAAAACAUGUAGAACGAUCGUAUCUUCGUGAAUUUAGUAGGUCGAACGACUACGCGCCAGUGAUUUUCGUAACAAAUUUCUUGUUAAUUAUUGCAAAAAUUGCAAACUUGUAUAAGAUUUUUCGACUCGGUUUAAUUCCGCUCUAUUUACAUAAGCAUUUUGUAAAAAAUCAUGUGCGUGCGUGUUGGGGGAAGCUCUUAGUUAUGUUUUAAAAUCUUGUAUUCCCGCCUCGUCUUCGUAUAAUUUCUUGUUAUUAAUGUAAGUUCUAAUUGUAGCCUGAGGAAUUUCUCACCAUAUUUGAUGUAGUACUAUUUCUCUUAACAAUUCCUCCAAAGUUUUUUUCAUCACAUUCCACAUAUGUUCGACGGGAUUUAAACUCCAAUAAAAAUAAUACUGUAGAUAUAAAUCGUAAUUAAAAGUACAAUACUAACACACUAGCGGUACAGUGCUUACGUCAGUUUAAAUUUAUUUGAGUUAUUGUUCAUGUGUGAGAUGAUCGGAAAGAGACUAUGAAGUUUUGAAAGACUGCCAACAAAUCUUUAGGAACUAGAAGCAGUGUUGUAUAUGAUAAAAAGUUCAUCAGGUCACACUUAGAACUUAUAUCAAUAUACAUAGAUUUGUAAGAAAUCAUUUGAAGAUGAGACGGGAGUACGAGAUUUUAAAGUGUAAGUAUACUCACGCGUCACUCAACACAUAUGCACACACAUCUAUAUGUACACACCAUAUGCACAUACGUACAUGAUAUGUAAAAUUCGAGUAACUUUUUCUUGGUGCGCAUCGAUUAAUCCUAAUGCUGGAGGUAAUUGAAAAAAAAAAUAUAUAUAGGUAAUUUUGAUACGCUGCAUCUCCCCAAUAAAAAAUCGUAAAAAGC